GCCGGCGGCGGCGAAAUGCGCCAACGGCGCUCAGGCGUCCGCCGCCUACAAAAGGACACGGCGACCGAAUCGGUAGCUCAGUCGCCGAGAGAGCCGUCCGAGACCCUGCCUGGUGCGCCGCACACAGACACGCAGACAGAGACACGCACACCCGCCGCGGACCAGCGACACUCGGGAGCUGCUGAACAAGAGGAGAGAGUCCGCUCGCUCUGGAGGGACGCGGAUAACAUGAGAGUUAGCGUAUUCGUGAGCGUGGCCCUCGUAGCGGUUCUCCUGGCCGAAGGCACGAGCUCCGGAAGCUGUGAACAUUUCGCAAAGCCACGCACAAAGCCUAGGGAGAUCCGGGGCUUCCAGCCGGAGUACAUUUCUACGGCCUAUGGUUUUGGAAAGCGCGAAAUUGCCAAGCAGGACAAAUACGAGAAGAUCAUGCUGCUCCUGCUGCAGAACUCACCUCAAAGCAUUCCAGCCAGUUGGUUCCUGCACGAGAUGAGGCAGAAUCCCGAGCUGGCCAAGCGAAUAGUCAGGAAAAUCGUCGACGGCGGCGAGGAGGACAACCCCGGCAAGCUCUCGACGGCGGAGCUCUUCAAGUCCGAGCGGAAGAUCUCAUUUUUUUAGAGCCGGCAGGAUAAUAAGCAAACAGCCCCUCAGAAUCGCUGUCCCUUCCUCACUUGCUCUUCUCUCUCCCUCUCUAUUUCCUUAUACCUAUGUACACUUAAAAUCUUCAUCAGCAGCGGCUCUUCGUCCUCCCCUGCCCCUGCGCGAAACAUUGUACGCCGGCUUAUAUACGCGACUGUGUAACGUGUCUCAUCUUCGAGAGCAAACACGGACUGAAAUUCCGAGCGACGGAUUCCUCUCGCUUUCAGUCUCUAUAUUUUAAAGCAUCUCUUCAGUCGAUUGGAAAUUGCUGGAUCUGGAAGAAGGAGGAGGCAAAGAUACGCCCACGCCAGUACUUAAACUCUGUUUUUCGAGGACUUUACGUUGACCAUUCGUUCUUGUACUGCGUAAAUCACUAUUACUGUACCUAUGCGUUGUACGGGCCGGCCAGAGUGGAAUUCUACGUGGAGAAGUCAUUUUUCUUUAUCGUCUUUUGAGCAGUGAGUUAUGCGCGGCAAGAUAAUAGAAACUCGUAAAUAGCCCUUCGUCUUGGAAUGUAAUAUACUAUUACGUUGAUCAUGCUGCAGACGUAAAGUUCUACGGAGUAUGCGGAAAAAAUCGCGCCAUUUAAAAAGUACUAGUUUAAUAAACUUCUUUAUUAUUUUUUGCCCUUCUCUUUUUCAAUGCGAAUGAAUGUUCAUUUUGUCAACAGAGAUGGUAUAUAAUAAAAUUGUUAUGAUCUUA